AGUCAAUUAGCAUUGACAAUGAAAUCGUUCAUCGCUCUAAGUUUGUUUGUGGCCGUUGCCUCGGCUGGCGUUAUGCCACCAAUGCAACAGCGCCUCCCCUUGGUGCCCAUUAUGUCCUUGGAGGAAUUGGAGGGACGCAUUACCAACGGUGAAUUGGCCAAGCCCGGCCAGUUCCCCUAUCAGGUUGGUUUGAGUUUGAAUUUCGCCCAGGGUAAUGCCUGGUGUGGUGGUACCUUGAUCUCCGAUCGUUGGAUUCUGACUGCUGCCCAUUGUACUGAUGGUGCCCAGGGUGUUACCGUUUACUUGGGCGCCAUUGACAUCAAGGACGACAAUGAGAAGGGUCAACAACGUAUCUACACCUCCAAGUCGAACAUUGUCAUCCACGAAAACUGGGAUCCCAACACCUUGAGCAAUGACAUCUCCCUGAUCAAGUUGCCCGUUGUUGUUGAAUUCAAUGAACGCAUCCAACCUGCCGCUUUGCCAAAGAUGGACGGUAAAUACUCGACCUAUGAAGGUGAUAUGGUUUGGGCUUCUGGCUGGGGUAAGGACAGUGAUGCUGCCACCUCCGUCUCUCCUUUGUUGCGUUACAUCGAAGUGCCUGUGUUGAAGCAAAGCACAUGCAAAACCUACUAUUUGGGUAUGGUUACCGAAAAGAUGAUCUGCAUCAGCGGCAAGGACGGUAAGUCCACCUGCAAUGGUGACUCUGGCGGUCCCUUGGUAUACAAGCAUGAUGGUGUCAACACUGUUAUCGGUGCCACCUCCUUCGGUAUUGCUUUGGGUUGCGAAAAGGGCUGGCCAGGUGUAUUCACUCGUGUCACCUCCUACUUGGAUUGGAUCGAAGAGAAAUCGGGUGUUGUCAAUAAAUAAAUGAUAUUGAUUGAAUACU